AUCCAGCGAGCGACUAUAAAUGACAAUAUCGUCUAAGUAUACAACUACAAAGUCAUCAAGAUACUCAAACAACACAUUGUUCAUUAAGUUACAGAAAGUAGCCGGGGCAUUGGUUAGCCCAAACGGCAUUACAAGAAAUUCAUAAGACUCAUAUCUAGUUACACAAGUGGUCUUAGAUUCAUCCCCUUCCGCUAUUCUAACCUGCCAAUAGCCCGACCUAAGGUCUAGCUUGGUGAACCAACUAGCCUUGCUCAACCUAUCCAUAAGAUCUUGAACUAAGGGAACAGGAUAUUUAUUUUUCACUAUUACCUUGUUCAAUGCCCGGUAGUCCACGCACAUUCGCAACGUCCCAUCCUGCUUUUUUUGAAAUAGAACAGGAGCAUCAUAAGGAGCCUUAGACGGCUGAAUUAGGCCUGCAUCCAGCAACUCGUUCAAUUGCUUCCUUAAUUCAGUCAGUUUCUUUGGAGCCAUGCGAUAAGGUGCCUGCGCCGGAGCAAUUGAUCCUGGCAGCAACUUAAUCUUAUGGUCGAUGUCCGUCCUUGGUGGCAAAGUUAUGGGGAGUUCAGGGGCAUGGCAUCUUUGAACUCCUUCAAAACAUGUGCCACACAUUCAGGCACAACAAUUCGCACAUCAGGUUUUACCUCCACCAAGGCAGCAAGGAAGGUAUCUUCUCCACGCAUACAUUUGUUGAUGUCAAAGUUGCAGCAAAAUUCGGGCUAGUAAAAAAAUGGGGUCUGAAUUAAGGACGUGGGUUUCCGACAAAUUGAUGUCUCUCCUAGGGUACUCGCAGUCCACAGUUGUCUCUUAUGUUCUUAAUCUUGCUAAGAAAGCUUCAUCAGCUGCCAAUCUAUCAAAUCAGCUUGUAGAUGAUAUGGGUAUGUCAUCCUCCAGUGUAACAACAGUGUUUGCUCAAGAGAUUUUUUCCAGAGUUGAGCGCAAGACGACAGGGACAAAUCUGUAUCUACAACAAGAAAGGGAGGCUACAAUGUUGGCUAGGAAGCAAAAGACGUACACACUUUUGGAGGCUGAUGAUGAUGAUGACAAUAUUGCUGGUGUGGAAAGUAAUUCUGUCCCCUCUCAGAAUAGGAAAGAUGAUACACGCAAAAAGAAGUUUAGGAGGCGUGUUGAGACCCACGGGGAGGAAGAUGAUGAGGUGGUUAGGGAUGAGGAGCGAGAAAGACGGGUAAGGAGACGAACAUCCCAAGACCAAGAUGACAGUGACAACUCUGAGUCAGAAGAGGAACUACUUCGGGACCAAAGAGAGAGGGAGGAGUUGGAACGACAUAUCAAAGAGCGAGAUGCUGCAGGGACUAGAAAGUUGGCAGAGCCAAAAUUAACAAGGAAGGAGGAAGAAGAGGCAAUCAGGAGGUCUGAUGCAUUGGAGCGAGAUGACAUUGGACCUUUAAGGAAAGUUUCAAGGCAAGAAUACCUGAAGAAAAGGGAGCAGAAGAAGCUAGAGGAACUCCGAGACGAUUUAGAAGAUGAGCAAUACUUAUUUGAGGGAGUGAAGCUGACAGAAGCAGAGGAACGUGAACUAAGAUAUAAGAAGGAAAUAUAUGAACUAGUUAAGAAGCGAUCAGAAGAUAAUGAUGAAAUGGACGAGUAUAGAAUACCUGAUGCCUAUGAUCUUGAAGGUGGUGUAAAUCAGGAAAAGAGAUUUUCGGUGGCUUCGCAGCGAUACAGGGAUCCAGGUGCUGCUGAAAAGAUGAAUCCUUUUGCUGAACAAGAAGCAUGGGAGGAACAUCAGAUUGGGAAGGCGACGCUUAAAUUUGGUUCAAAAGAUAGAAAGUCAAGAUCUGAGGACUAUCAAUUUGUGUUUGAAGACCAAAUUGAGUUCAUAAAGGCAGCCGUAAUGGAUGGCGUUAAUGUUGACCAAGAGCCUUCCACUGAGUCAAUAGAGAAAACUAUGGCUAAAUCAGCAUAUGAAAAACUCCAGGAGGAUAGGAAGACCCUACCAAUGUAUCCCUACAGGGAUGAUUUGCUCCAAGCUAUUAAUGAUCAUCAGGUUCUUGUUAUUGUUGGAGAAACGGGCUCCGGGAAGACCACCCAGAUACCACAGUAUCUGCACGAGGCGGGAUAUACCAAACGUGGGAAGAUUGGAUGUACUCAACCUCGUCGAGUUGCUGCAAUGAGUGUUGCUGCGCGUGUUGCUCAAGAAAUGGGAGUCAAACUUGGCCAUGAGGUUGGCUAUUCUAUUCGGUUUGAAGACUGCACCUCUGAGAAUACGAUUCUGAAAUAUAUGACCGACGGGAUGCUGUUGAGAGAAUUCCUUGGUGAGCCUGAUCUAGCAAGCUAUAGUGUCAUUAUGGUCGACGAGGCACACGAAAGAACACUUUCAACGGACAUCUUGUUUGGCUUGGUUAAGGAUAUUUCUCGGUUUCGGCCUGAUCUGAAGUUGCUAAUAUCAAGUGCUACUCUAGAUGCCGAGAAGUUCAGUGAUUAUUUUGACUGUGCUCCAAUUUUUAAAAUUCCUGGAAGGCGGUUUCCAGUUGAGAUACACUAUACAAAAGCUCCAGAGGCCGAUUACUUGGAUGCAGCAGUAGUAACCGCUCUUCAGAUCCAUGUAACUCAACCCCCGGGUGAUGGUGACAUAUUAAUCUUUUUCACUGGGCAGGAAGAGAUUGAAACAGCGGAGGAGAUCAUCAAGCACCGGAUAAAGGGCCUGGGGACAAAAAUUGCUGAGCUGAUAAUUUGCCCAAUAUAUGCAAAUUUGCCAACAGAAUUACAAGCCAAGAUCUUUGAGCCCACUCCUGAAGGGGCUCGUAAGGUUGUCCUGGCUACAAAUAUUGCUGAAACAUCAUUGACAAUUGAUGGGAUUAAAUAUGUUAUUGAUCCGGGAUUUUCUAAGAUGAAGUCUUACAACCCUCGGACAGGAAUGGAGUCGUUACUGGUCGCUCCUAUAUCAAAGGCAUCUGCGAACCAACGUGCUGGUCGAUCUGGAAGAACAGGUCCUGGAAAAUGCUUUCGGUUAUACACUGCAUAUAAUUACAUGAAUGAUUUGGACGAUAACACAGUUCCAGAAAUACAAAGGACCAACCUUGCAAAUGUUGUGCUCUCUCUCAAGAGCCUUGGGAUUCAUGACUUGCUGAAUUUUGACUUCAUGGACCCCCCACCAGCAGAAGCUCUACUCAAAGCACUGGAAUUGCUCUUUGCCCUUAGUGCACUUAACAAGCUUGGCGAGUUGACUAAACUUGGUAGAAGAAUGGCUGAGUUUCCUCUAGAUCCCAUGCUGUCCAAGAUGAUUGCUGCCUCUGACAAGUACAAGUGUUCUGAUGAAAUAAUAAGUAUUGCUGCAAUGCUGUCUGUGGGGAAUUCAAUCUUUUAUCGUCCAAAGGACAAACAAGUCCACGCAGAUAAUGCACGGAUGAAUUUUCAUGUGGGAAAUGUGGGAGAUCAUAUCGCUCUGCUAAAGGUUUACAGUUCCUGGAAGGAAACAAACUUUUCAACUCAAUGGUGCUAUGAAAAUUAUAUCCAGGUCAGAAGCAUGAAGAGAGCAAGGGAUAUCCGAGAUCAAUUGGAAGGCCUGCUGGAAAGGGUGGAAAUUGAAUUGACUUCAAAUGAUAAUGACUAUGAAGCUAUAAAGAAGGCUAUAACAUCAGGAUUUUUCCCCCACUCUGCAAAACUACAAAAGAAUGGAUCUUAUCGAACUGUUAAACACCCCCAGACAGUUAACGUUCACCCCAGCUCAGGUUUAGCACAGGCGCUUCCCAGAUGGGUUGUUUACCAUGAGCUGGUCCUGACGACUAAGGAGUACAUGCGGCAGGUUACUGAGCUUAAACCAGAAUGGCUAGUAGAAAUAGCUCCUCACUACUAUCAGUUGAAAGAUGUCGAAGACUCUAGCUCAAAGAAAAUGCCUCGUGGAAGUGGCCGUGCAUCUUAAGCUCAUCCCCUAUUAUACUGGAUAUUUGCCCAUUAUAAUUUCGAAGGUGGAAGGAUUCUUCUAACUGAAGAAAUCCAUGGACAUUAACUGAUACAAUUAGAUAGCUGUAUAUACGAUUUUGUAGAUUCUUCAUUUAUGUAGAACAGAUUGAUGCCUGUAAUUCUCUGUAGGUGCCUCUUUCUGAUCACAUUAUGUUGUAAUUAAUAAACUGCACCUCCUUUUUAGUGAUUACUCGUUGUGUUAGCUAUAUAGUUGUGGUUAAGCCAUUUGUGUUUCCAAGAGGAUAAUAUGAUGAGUUUGGUAUGGUUUUUGAGUUGGCCAAGGAAAAUACUGGUAAUUACUGAAGAAAGGCCAACUAUAUAGAUGGCCCCUCAACUAAAAUUAGUUCAUAUUGAA